AUGUCCGGUAGAGCUGCUCUGCAGACAGACCCGUCGCAGCGCCUUCUACUACUAACGACCCAGGAGGCCUUGGAUAUGUCAGGAUACAAUCCAUCUAUUCAUACAAAGCACGUGGGUACUUUCGUUGGACAAGCUACAGACGACUGGCGUGAACACAACAUGACACAGGAUGACCCCUAUUACGUGACUGGAGGCAUGCGUGCAUUCGGUCCGGGGCGUCUGAAUCACUUCUUUGGAUGGGAUGGCCCAUCAGUGUCUGUUGAUACUGCAUGCUCUUCGAGCGCCAUGGCUCUGGAUCUCGCCAUUCAGUCUCUCCGAGGAGGCAAGUGCGAUAUGGCAAUUGCUGGCGGCGCUAGUAUCAUCUCAGGUGCUGCAGAUGUAGGCAUGUACGCCGGGCUUGGUUGCGGUGGCUUCCUGGGUGCCUCAAUUACAGCCUGCAAGACUUUUGAUGCCGCGGCAGACGGCUACACUCGAGCCGAAGCGGUCGCUGUUGUGGUUCUCAAGCGCUUGAGUGACGCUCGCAGAGACGGCGACGUGAUACACGGUGUUGUCAGGGGUAUUGCCACAAAUCACUCAACUGACACCAAUCCCAUCACGCGUCCUUCUACAGAGGCCCAAAAGUCUUUGUUGCGUCAGGUUCUCCGACAGUCUUUAAGGUAUCCUGCAGACGUGUCGUAUGUCGAGGUGCACGGGUCGGGCACUCAAGCUGGCGAUCGUGCUGAAGUUGAGGCGGUGGCAGCUGUCCUUGGCGGCCACCAGCGCCGUCGCAGUAGUGUGCUCAACGACUCGUCUCGAAAACUACGGAUUGGCAGUGUCAAGGCCAAUAUCGGACAUAGUGAAGGUGCGGCUGGCAUUUCAGCACUCAUCAAGGCGCUGCUGAUGAUUCGUCAUGGUCAAAUACCUCCACACAUUGGGGUCAGAACCACUGCAAACCAUCAUUUCCCUGAUCUGGACAAGCUGGACAUUUCUAUCAAUUUGAGACAGGAGUCUUUGAUAGCAGAAGAGGAAGUGGAGAAUUAUGAAGCCCCCGCAAACAUCAUUAUUAACUGUUUUGGGGCAGCCGGUGGAAACACCAGCAUGUUGGUCGGAAGCUUUACGAAUAACAAAAGCCUGGCUGAAGAGCACCCCAACCAACGACAGGCCAAAACGACCGAACAACAUCACCGAGUCGUGACAGUUUCGGGCAAGACCCCUUCUGCUCUCCAGGCCAAUAGGCUGAGGCUACUCGAGUUUCUGGAGGAGAACCCCACCACACCCAUCAAUGACCUCUCUUACACUGCAUGUGAGAGGCGGGGCCAUUAUCCAUACCGGACUGCAUACACAGCUAAAGACACCAUGGACGUUGCCAGGCAGCUUCGAGAUGGCACGGAAGCAACUGAUAAAUCAUCAGCUCAGUCAUCUCGGCCAUCACAGCCUCCAAACGUUGUUUUUGUGUUUUCUGGACAGGGUGGAAAGGUGGCUGGUGCUGCCCAGCAAUUGUUCGGCCAUAACGACAUCUUCAGGCAAGCCAUAUGCGAUUACAGCCAAUUGUGCGACUCGCUGGGCUUUUCUGGCGUACUCGAUCACCUUACUUCCCCAGAAUCAGAAGAGGCCUCGUUGAAUGCAGUAUUGGAGCAGGUUGCACUCCUCGUGUUCGAGCUUGCUCUCUGCAAAAUGUGGCAGGCUUGGGGCAUCCAGCCCUCAGUCGUACUUGGCCAUAGCCUCGGAGAAUAUGCCGCGCUUCACCUGGCUGGCAUUCUAUCUGCUUCAGAUACGAUCUGGCUCGUAGGGACUCGUGCUGGUCUGGUGCAAGAGCUUUGCAAGGCCGAUACGAAACGCAUGCUUGCUGUCUUUGCCGAGGAGGAACGUCUUAUUCCCUUCAUAAAAGACUGUCCCGUGGAAAUAUCUUGCAAGAACUCGCCUUCACAGACGGUUGUUGGCGGGUCUUUUGACGACGUCCUGGAGCUGAAAAGCCGUCUUCAGAACCAGAAUAUCAAGAGUGCCCUGGUGGGAACACCGUAUGCCUUCCAUACCGGUCAAAUGAACAACAUCCUGGAGAGUUUGCGAUGCAGCGCCAAACAGGUCCUGUUCAAAGACCAUCCAGAGAUCAACCUUGUGUCGACCAUGACUGGAUCACGUGUGGACUCCUGCCCGUCCUGGUCAGAGCAUUUGGUAAAGCACACUCGCCAGCCAGUCCUUUUUGCCAAAGCUAUCCAAUCUGCAAUCGACUUGAACCCGGGCCGGAAGACGAUUUUUGUGACUAUCUCACCGACGCGGAUAUGCAAAGACAUGACCGCUGCUAACAUCAGUCCAACUGGAGGAUAUCUGGCAGAAGUACUUGAUGCGAUGGGUACUAGUACUCAUGGGUGUAUUGACAAUAUCGCUUUCGGCUUGGCGAAUAUUUACAAUGCCGGGAUUGACAUCAACUGGAGCGCCUAUCACAAAUCAAUGAAACAAGCCGGAAGGCUGCUGAAGUUGCCAUCUUACGCAUUCGACCUCAAAGAUUUCUGGAUUCCCCUUCAUCAAAAGCGGCCUAUCUCUUCAUCGCCGAUGUCGACUUCACGAUCAUCGUCACUAAUCACCAUCAACACCCCUACCACAGAUGAGGAUGAGGAUGAUGAAGACCACUGCCUCAGGGUAAUGCGCAAGACGAAUCUUCAGGAACAACCCUUCAGGAGUCUCAUACUUGGCCAUGUGAUACGAAGCAAGGCCAUCUGUCCUGCAGGCGUGCUGAUUGACAUGGCUUUCGACGCCGCGACACAGCUCAUAGGCGAACUCUCCAGAAUUGACACUGUUGAAUUGAGGUCAUUGUGUCUGAAGGCAGCUGUCACAAUACACGACGACGUGCGUGUCAAUCCAGUUCAUAUUCUUCAUACUAGUGUGGAGAAGGUCAGAGGAGUUCCAGGAUACGCCGUGACCUUCUCGGGCGAACGUGGAGUACACCAUGCAAGUUGCUUUGUGCGGACGACAGGAAAUCUUAACGUUCUUGGUGUCGAGACUACAGCAACGUCUCUCCUCCGAGCAGUAUCGCGUAUGACCCGCCUGCGAAAUAACACGGACGCGAACCGUCUCACACGGACAAUGAUUUACAAGAUGUGGGCACCAGUGAUGCAUUACGCUCCGGAGUAUCAUGUCCUUCAUGAUAUCGUACUGUCGCCUGUUGGCUACGAAGCUUCCGCGAAGCUCAUGACAACAGCGAGGGAGCCAGGCAAGCAGGCAUUUAUGUUGGAUCCGUUCUGGCUGGAUGGUGCGAUGCAAGCUGCUGGCUUCACAGUGAACAUGAGCGUCAGCGCUACUCCUGGAGCGGUGUAUGUUCUGAAUGAGUGUGCAAGCAUCCGCUUCUGGGAAGCUCCGGUAAACAACAACGUCUACACCUGCUAUGUAAAGGGAGAGUCGGACAGCUCAGGUGACGUUAUCAUUAGCGUUACAGUUUUCGACGAGGAGCACGAUCUGCGCCCAGUAGCUACUAUAACUGGCAUGCUGUUUCACAGGCUCAAAGACAAGAGUGAACCAAAGCCAGACUUAUUCACAAGUUCUAUCAACACGACCGAGAGAACUGAAAAGCUGUCAAAUUCGACCCAGGUCACUGCGCCCUCGGCAACGGCGGCCUUGAACAGAACUUUGUCACACAACGGGUCGAACAACAGCUCCAAGCAGACAAAUUCAAACAACCGGAAUGGACAGGUUUGCAAGCUCAUUUCAAUUCUUGCCAAAGAGACUUAUGCCGACCCCGCAGAGAUUGAAGAAGAAACUUCACUGGCAGACCUGGGUGUGGACUCUUUGGUGGCGCCCACUGUGGCAGAUGCCAUUAGAAUCCAGCUAGGGAUCGAAGUGCCGUUGAUAUCGUUGCUUGAGGCGCAAACGGUCAAUGAUCUCUCGGCAAUAUGCUGCAAUCUAAUGUCAACAGAUGUGGACGGGAGGACCAAGCCAGGAAGUCAUCUCGGAGCGAUUGUUGCCGGGCAAAGUGAUACACACGGCGCUCACCGAGAUGCAGCCGCAACGGUCUCCGCCAGCAGCACCGACCUUUCAAGCAGAAUUGUGCUGUUGCAGGGCUCAAGUCGCUGCACACGCUCCUUAUUUCUGCUUCCGGAUGCCUCCGGGAGCAGUUCUGUGUACGCAGGCCUUCCACCGCACCUGUCCGCCCAGACCAACACUGGCAUCUAUGCUCUGGAGUCUCCAUUUUAUGGUAUGAGCAGCUUUCCUCGCAUUUCUAUGGAGAGGUAUUGCUCCAUUAUGGUCGAAACAAUUCGUCGCUUCCAACCCUUGGGACCUUAUUUGGUCGGGGGAUGGUCAAUUGGUGGCCGCCUCGCUUACGAGUGUGCGAGGCAACUCAUGCAACAGGGAGAAACGGUUGCCGGACUGCUUCUCAUUGAGUCAUACGCGGAACUCACGUCAGAGCUCUCUUGCAGCCCCAACGCGAUCUCAUUGGAUCAUCUUGAGGCAACAGGCUUCUUCGAAUGGUCUGGAGGCCGAACGAAUGCCAUGCCAGAGUGGCAAAGAAACCACAUGCUGCAUCUCAUACUCAUGAAUAGCGCUUACAACCUCCCGACUUUGGGCAUGGACGCGAACAACAACUCGGUACCCGUGCAGCUGGUAUGGUCCGCCUAUGGAAAUUUCGAUCUCUUUCCAAUGAAGGUCUUGCAGUUUCGAUACGAGAUAGAAGACGGCACCAUGAGAAAGACGAACAGAUCUGAUCAAGAUCUCUGGUUGAAGGAAUCACGAUCAGUAGAUGUGACGUCCAGCCUGACUGAAAAGUGGCGACUACUGACAGGACCUGUUUUGCGACAAAGUACUGUCGAGGGAGACCAUUUUGACAUUAUGAUCCCCAGUACACGUGAGGAUUUGGGAACUGUGGUGUUACAGGCUUUGAAAUGGUUUCAUGGGGACCCGCAGCAGAUGACUUAG